AUGAAUUUUAAACAUUACACCUGCUUUCUUGCGUUCUUUGCCACUUUCCUCUUGACAAUCAAUGGUCUCCCAGUUCCCGAUGUUGGUCUAUCCAUGAAUACGGGUAGUGUUUUGGAUACCGCAACGGGUUUAUUGAAACCCGUAACGGAUGUUUUGGGUGGCGCAAAGAAUACUGCAGGCAGCGCAACGGAUAACGCAAAGAAUACCGCAGGCGGCGCAACGGAUAACGCAAAGAAUACUGUAGGCGGCACAACGGAUGGCGCAAAGAAUACUGUAGGCGGCACAACGGAUGGCGCAAAAAAUACUGUAAGCGGCACAACGGAUGGCGCAAAGAAUAAUGUAGGCGGCGUACAGACCCCUGUAGAAGGCACAAAUUUUUAA